GUCAUCUAGUGUUUAUAUAAAUAAUUGGCGUUAACUUAACAAUUGCCCCAAUGGUACAAAUAAAGUUUGUUUUAUGGAUUCAUUAUAAUGAAUCUCAAAGUCUACAAUCCAUAACAAAUUCGCCUCUAAAAGUUUCCCGACAUUGUUUGAGUGAGAGUAUUGUUCUGAGACGAGAGUCCACGUCCUGUACAAGUCAUCGUAUGACAUAGGAGGAAGUGAAGGCAGCAGUUGCAAGAUAUAGUCAUUUAGCCAGCUAAUCUCAGAUACGUUUUUUUUAUCAGAGAAGAUAUGUCAGCAAGCAUGCAAAUUAAGAUUGGAAUCAUUGGAGGCUCUGGCCUUGAUGACCCAGACAUAUUGGAGGGAAGGACUGAGAAAUAUGUAGACACACCUUAUGGAAAGCCUUCAGAUGCCCUUAUAAUGGGGAAGAUCAAAAAUGUUGAAUGUGUGCUCCUUGCAAGGCUAAACAUUCCCCCAAUACCAAAUCCACCACUGGCCCUCUAGCUAACUUAUGUAGAUGUCUAAUAAUCAGGCAUGGGAGACAGCACACCAUCAUGCCAACUGACGUCAACUACCAGGCUAACAUCUGGGCGUUGCGAGAGGAGGGCUGCACACAUCUCCUGGUCACCACGGCCUGUGGUUCCCUCCGGGAAGAGAUCCAACCAGGAGACAUCGUCAUCAUCGACCAGUUUAUAGACAGGACGACAAAGAGGGCCCAGACGCUGUACGACGGGCGGCCCACCAGUCCUCCAGGCGUGUCUCACAUCCCCAUGGCUGAGCCCUUCUGCACCCGGACCAGGGAGGUGCUGCUGGAGGUGGCGCGCGGCCUGGGGGUGAAGUGCCACCCGCAGGGUACGGUGCUCACCAUCGAGGGCCCUCGCUUCUCGUCGCGUGCCGAGAGCCUGAUGUUCCGCCAGUGGGGUGCCGACGUUAUUAACAUGACCAGCGUGCCCGAGGUGGUCCUCGCCAAGGAGGCGGGCCUUUGCUAUGCUAGCAUCGCCAUGGCCACCGACUACGACUGCUGGAAGGAGCAUGAGGAGGCUGUCUGCGUCGACAACGUCCUGAAGACUAUGAAGGAGAAUGCCAACAAGGCCAGCAGUAUCCUGCUCACUGCUAUUCCCCUGAUCUGCACCCAGGAGGACUGGACCCACACCAUAAAGGCUCUGAAGACAACAGCCCAAUCCUCAAUAAUGCUACCAAAACAACAUUGAGAACCACCGAAAAGCCUCUCGCCACCCCUGUAUAUCAGAGAAUGACUUGCAACACACCAGCCACCAAUACCAACAAUGGAUUCAUCUCUCUCUCGAUUCCUCAUCAGUGAAUCACAAGAAAGUGCCUGAUAUGCAUGUUUUCAUUAUUGUACAUUUGCCAGGAUUUCACAACACAUUUGAGUAACAUUACAUCGUUUGCCAGAAGCAUACCAUUCUGCAUCCCACUGCUGGCUUGCCUCUGAAGCUAAGCAGGGUUGUUCCUGGAUGGGAGACCAGAUGCUGCUGGAAGUGGUGUUGCAGGGUGAAUAGGAGGCAUUCUUUCUUCUGGUCCAAAAAAAAGGUCCCAAUGCCUCAGGGCAGUGAUUGGGGAAAUUUCCCUGUGUAGGGUGCCGUCUUUCAGAUAGGUAGAUAGGUGUCCUGAGAGCCACUGUUUCACUGUUUGUAUACUGUUCAGCCAUGUUUUCAUACUGUAGAUACAUUCUAAAAUGUAACUAUGCAUUAAAGUAUGUCUUAUGUCUUCUGAAAGAAAGGUUAAAGGACUUAGUUGGUUGUUUUCAUGGACUGUUUGUAACCGGUAUGGUCUGUACAUGUAGGUCUAUGACCAACAAGACUUUUGCACCGAGUAUAAUUGGAACAGGACAUUCAAUCAAAAGCAACUGCCACUUCCGUUGAUAAAGCCUCAAGCCUGUUUAUCCGGCUUUGGGGUGAAGUUUAGUUUAGGUACAUAUCUAGGAUCAGCUUCCCCAAUCCUAACCAUUUAGUGGGAGAAAUGCUAAACUGGCUGAAGACCAACUUCACCAUACUGUUUUUCCACUUUGUUGCCCUGAAACAAGGUCAAACCACAUUGUUGAUAGAUUCGUGGCUCUUUUCUCCUAAUUAUUAGGUGAGGGAAUAGUGGAUUCAUGGCUCAUAUACUUUCCAUAAAAUAAAAGGCCUUGUUUCAUUAAGAAAGACUUCCACUGAGGGCAUUAUCCAUCUGUGACGGGAUCAUCCAAAACUAUCUUCAAAACACUUCAUGUUAACCUAGCACUUAUUUUUACAUGGAUUCACAGCUGCAGUAUUAUAAUGUGCUAAUAGGGUUCACUUCAGGAAGUAGGCUUAACAGUCAACAUGAUGGUGGAUAUUCAGUUACGAUUGUGUUCGACUGCAUGUACAAAUGGUCAAAUGUGUUUGCAAGUGUAACAAAAUCAAUAAAGUUAUGUAGAUUGGAAA